AUGGAUAGUCCGUAUCGUUGCUCGCUGCCCGCAUUCCUCAUGCGCUACCCGCCUUUUCCUUGCGCUAUUCCAGUUUCCCCUUGCGCUACCCCUGUUUUCCCUUGCGCUAACCCCGUUUCCCUUGCGCCACCCCCGUUUUCCCUUGCGCUACCCCUUUUUUUCCAAGGCUGCCAGCAGCACGUGAUGUUCACGGCGGGGCCCAAGUCCAAGGUGCGCCUGCCCGCCCCAUGCAGGGCGCCCAACCACUUUGGCCCCUCCUCUUGUCUUGCUCUCCUACUGUCCGGCCCUUCUCCCCCCGUCCCCGCCCCACUUCCAUCCUGCAUGUGCCCACCCAUCUCGGCGCCUCCCCUUGUCUUGCUCUUUCCAUCCGGUUCCGCCUCACGACCUCACCCGUUGCCUCACCCUGCCCUCCUCUGCCUCUGCCCUGGUUCGCAGCAGCACCUGUUCACGGUAGGGUCGAAGGUGUGGGUGCCGGAUGCAGCGGAUGCGUGGGAGGAGGGCGAGGUGGUGGCGAGGGACCGCGGGAGCUCCCAGCUCACUGUGGCGCUGGGCUCAGGCGGCAAGGGCCAGGUGGUGGUGGGCGAGGGGUCGUGCUCUGCGCGAGAGGAGGAGAGUGCGGUGGUGGACGACAUGGUGAAGCUCGCCUACCUGCACGAGCCGGGCGUGCUGCACAACCUCAUGCAGCGCUACCAGCGCAACCUCAUCUAUACGUACACGGGCAGCAUCCUGAUAGCGGCCAACCCCUUCAUGCGCCUGCCGGGCAUCUACGAUCGCGACAUGCGCGACGCCUACCGGGGGCAGCCACUAGGCGAGCUCAGCCCCCAUGUGUUUGCCAUCGCUGACAAUGCUUACAGAGCGAUGCGGGAGGAGCGGCGAAGCCAGUCGAUUCUGAUCAGCGGGGAGAGCGGGGCGGGCAAGACGGAGACGACGAAGCUGGUGAUGGAAUACCUGGCGUCUGUGGGGGGGCGCGCUGACAGCGACGGCGAGAGGAGCAUCGAGAACCAAGUGCUGGAGUCCAAUCCACUGCUGGAAGCGUUUGGGAAUGCCAAGACAGUGCGCAAUGACAACUCCAGUCGCUUUGGCAAGUUCAUCGAGAUCCAGUUUGACGAGCGCGGGCGUGUGUCAGGAGCGGCCAUCCGGUCGUACCUGCUGGAGCGAUCACGGGUGGUGCAGAUAGCGGACCCCGAGAGGAACUACCACUGCUUCUACCAGCUCUGCGACGGGGCCUCCCCCGAGGAGGCGGAGCUGCUGAAGCUGCCGCCCGGCCCCAACAGGGCGCAGCACUUCCACUACCUCAACCAGAGCCGAUGCUUCGAGCUGCAGGGCAAGUCCAGCAACGCCGAGGAGUACGGCAAGACCCGCAGCGCCAUGCGCGUCAUUGGCAUCUCGGAGGAGGAGCAGCUAUCCAUCCUGCGCCUGCUAGCAGCGGUGCUGCAUCUGGGCAACGUGGAGUUCAGGGAGAAGGGCGACAAGCUGCGCAUCGCAAAGCACGCCGACGCCACCCUCGACACCGUCGCCUCCCUCCUCUCGUGCGACCGCAAGAAGCUGCAGGACUCGCUAUGCACGGUGAAGCGCAAGGUGGGGGGGGAGACCAUCAAGAGUGCUCUCGACGUCAAGGCCGCCACUGUCCGCCGUGACACGCUCGCCAAGACCCUCUACUCCAAGCUCUUUGACUGGAUUGUGCAGAAGGUGAAUCGGUCCAUCGGGCAGGACGCCAGGGCCAUGGCCAUCAUUGGCGUGCUGGACAUCUACGGCUUCGAGCACUUCAAGAUCAACAGCUUUGAGCAGUUCUGCAUCAAUCUUGCCAACGAGAAACUGCAGCAGCAUUUUAACCAGCACGUGUUGAAGCUGGAGCAGGAGGAGUACGAGAAGGAGCAGAUCAACUGGAGCUACAUCAACUUCCGUGACAACCAGGACGUGCUGGACCUCAUUGAGGGGGACAAAGGCAUUCUCAGCAUCCUUGACUCAGCCUGCCGCCUGGCGCAGUCAACGGCGGAGGGCUUCACGCUGUCGCUGUACGACGCCUUCCUGCGCCACGACCGCUUCUCCAAGUCCAAGGGCUCCGUCACCGACUUCACCAUGGAGCACUACGCCGGGCAGGUGAAGUACAGCACAGCGGAGUUCAUAAGCAAGAACAUGGACGCAGUGGUAUCAGAGCACGAGGUGCUGCUGCAGAAGUCCACCGACCCCUUUGUGGCUGCGCUCUUCCCGCCCGCUCCGCCCGACGACAAGGCGGGCAAGGCCACGAGCAAGUUCGCGUCGCUGGCUCGCUCCUUCAAGCAACAACUGGCGCAACUCAUGGAGACACUCAACCGCACUGAACCGCACUACAUCCGGUGCAUCAAGCCGAACGCCAAGAGCCGGCCGGGCAUGUUUGAGCGCGCCAUGGUCACGGACCAGCUGCGGUCGGGGGGAGUGCUGGAGGCCAUCCGCAUGUGCUCCGCGGGCUACCCCACACGCCGCACCUUUGAGGACUUCGUUGACCGCUUCGCUCUGCUGCUGCCCUCGCUGCUCGAGCAGGACAUGUCAGACGUGGAGUACGUGGAGGCGCUGCUCAAACACGCCAAGCUCGAGAACUACCAGAUCGGGCUGACCAAGGUGUUUCUGCGAGCGGGGCAGAUGGCGCUGCUGCAGAGCAUGCGCCUGGACGCCAUGAACGAAGCUGCCAGGAAGAUUCAGCGCGCCACGCGGCACUUCCUCUUCAAUCGCCAUCGCAGGCGCGCCGCCCUGCUCAUCCAGACCCACUGGCGAGGCCACUGUGCGCGCGCGGCGUACCAGCAGUUGCGGAUGGACGUGGCAGCGACAACCAUCCAGGCGGCGGAGAGGGGGCGGCAGCAGCGCCUGCGCUUCCUCGAGCUGCGCCACGCCGCCCUGGUGGUGCAGGCCGCUGUGCGCAUGCACCUCUGCCGCACCGCCUAUGUCAACACCCGCCGCCGCCUCGCCGCCACCCGCAUUCAGAGCACGUGGCGAGGCUACAUUCACCGGCGGCCGUGGCGGGCGCUCAAGCACAUGCUGGCGGGUAGAGUGGCGCGCCUCCGACUGCACAGCCUCAAGCUGGAGGCGAGUCGACAGGCGGAGUUGGCGCCGCCGCGCAAGAAGACGGACGUGGCCAUCGAGACCAUCCGCAUGAUGACACUGCGCGUGAUGCGGGAAAAGGCCGAAAAAAGCCGUGCAAACUCAGAGCGCCAGCUGGCAGAGGUCCGUGCUGAGCUGGAGCGGACCAAGAAGGAGCUGGCAGGCAAGGCGCGUGAGGUGGCGCGGCUGGUGGGGCAGCUGGAGCAGGAGCAGCAGCGGGCGGAGCAGGCAGAGGAGCGAUUGGAGGAGAUGCUAAGAGAGCAGGACAGGGAGCGGGCGGAGGGGCAGGAGCGAGUGCUGCAUGUGGCAUCUGUGGCCUCUCAUAAAGCAGCAGCAGGCGGAGCAGGAGGAGGAGGAGGGGCGCUGAGCAGCCUGCCUUCCUUUGGUGGGUCAGGCUUCUCCUCGUCCUCCUCCUCGCCCUCCGCUGCUGCGGCUGCAGUGGCUGCGCUGGCAGGAGGCGCGCUGGGAGUGGUGGUGGACAAGCAUUUGGCGUCGCAGCAGAGCGGGGGGAGGGCGGGGGCACCAGGGGGCAAUCUGGGGGUGCCGGAGGGGUCGAGGAUCCUCGCCCGCAUGGCGUCAAGAAGGCACCCCUCGCCGCACACACCUGCCAAUCACCCCUCGUGGGAGGAAACCGCUGCUGCCGCUGCUGCUGGCGGUGCUGCGGGUGGUGCUGCGAGUGCUGCUCUCAACGGCUCCCCGUCCUUCUCCUCCUCCUCCAGUCGCUCCUCGCCCGUCCCUCCCCUGCCUCCCUCCUCCAUAGCGUCCCCCCCUGGCAGCAGCAGGGGUGGCAUGGCAGCAGCAGCCGCGGCAGCAGUGGCAGCGAUGGAGAGAGCGGAAGGUGCAGCGGCAGCAGGCGGAGGGGAGGGCACGCAUGAUGGCGGGCACCGGACCCAUGGCGACGCGGCUCACCUGCCGAGCAUUCAAGAGUCGGCGUCACGCGAGGAGGGCGAGGAGAAGAAGGUGGUUGCAGUGAGCAGAACCAGCAGCGGGGGCAGCGCCACCGGGGAGUUUGGUGGCAGCAGCAGCGGGCUACGGCAAGUGCGGUUCCCGUCCCUGGGACCAGAGGAGAGCGAGGCAGAGGGUGGGUACUCUCGUGCCAGCACGCUGCCCGUGGGGAGGACCAUGCUGCGGCAGCAGUCCAUGGUGAAGAGUCUCAAACCCGCUGCUAACGCCGAUGCUGCUGGGGCCUCUGGCGCCGCGCCCGACGGUGCGGAUGCACGGCUGGCGAGGAUCCGACGGCUGCAGUCGUCCAACCCGCGGAUGGGUGGAGGAGCAGGCGGGGAGGGUGGUGGCGGGCCGGGCGUGCCGCGGCCGCUGGUGUCGGCCAAGUCGCUGACCCGCGAGGAGGCCGUGCGCAUGCUGGCGAGUGCACAGCGAGAUGCGGAGGAGGCGCAGAAGCUGAAGGAGGAGAGGCGGCAGCUGCAGGCGCUGUACCGGGAGGCGGUGGCGGCAUCAGAGGCGGCGCUGGCAGCGGCAGCGGAGGAGCGCGGGCGGGCAGGCGAGCUGCAGCGGACGGUGGAGGUUAAGGACGAGGAGAUUAAGGAGUUGACGGAGAAGAACCAGGAGCUGCAGCUCGCGCUUACUCUCAAGGCGAGGGAGGUGCGCACACUGAGCCAGCGGCUGCUGGCAUCGCAGGCAGCCAGCGACACGGAGGAGCUGCCCAUCGAUAAGCAGCAGGAGCUGCUGCUGGCGGAGGUGGCAAGCAGCCGCUUCCCGUUCGGCCCCGAGGGGCAGGCGGUGGCGGCGUGCAUGGUGUACCGCGCGCUGCUGCAGUGGGGCGCGCUGGAGGCGGAGAGGACCAACACCUUCGACCGCAUCGUCGAGGCCUUCCAGCGCAGCUCCCAGGACCAGCUGCUGCCCGCACAGGCAUACUGGCUCACCAACCACGUCGUGCUCUACUACCUCAUGCAGGUGGUGUACCAGCCGCCAGUGGAGCAGCCCGCGCAGGAGAGCUUCUCCUUCUCCUUCUUCGGCAUGGCCUCCCGCCCCGCCGCUCCUCCCAAGCCAGCAGUGGAGAGGGUGGACGUGAUGCUGUUCAAGCAGCAGCUGGCCACGGGCACGGAGCGCCUCUUUGUCACCAUCAGGGACGCCGCCAAGGCCGAGCUUGCCAAGCACUUCGCUCUGCCCUCGCAGGAAUCUCAGGAGGCGGCAGCGGACGGAGACGGCGACCCAGCAGCCGGGGACGCAGCGGCAGGGAAGGGCGGCAAGGCGGGCGGCGGAGGGGGGAGGCGGCUGGCGCGGGGGAGGGCGAGGGGAGGGGGGCGGUCGGGGGCAGCGAUGGUGCGGAAGCACGUGGUGAACUACUGGGCCAACGUGGUGGUCACUCUCAAGCAGGUGACGGCGACGCUGGCAGCGAACCACGUGCCGGCGGUGGUGGUGGAUGCGCUGCUGAGGCAGCUGCUCUUCUUCGUCAACGUCAAGAUCGUCAACGGGCUGAUGGUGCGCGCGCAGUGGUGUCCGUGCACGUACAGCAACGGGGAGCUGAUGGAGGAGGGGCUGGGGCGGCUGGAGCAGUGGGUGCACGACGUGGAGGUGCAGCUCAGGGACGCCAUGGGCGCCACCAAGGAGCCCCUCAAGCGCGAGCUCCGACACAUCCGCCAGGCCAUCUACUUCCUCACGCUGGACCACAAGCCGCGGCGGUCGCUGGAGGAGAUAGAGGAGCUGUGUCCGGACCUGACGCUGAACCAGCUGGUGCACAUGUGCAUCUGGUACGAGGACGACGCGUACGGCACCAAGGGCGUCGACCCCUCCGUCACCGAGCGCAUGUGGGCGCUCAUGGUGGACGACUGCCCCAUGCUGCUCCGCGACGACGACAGCAUCCCGUUCACGGUGGAUGACAUAGCCCUCGCCAUCCCCGCCAUGCACAUUGACGACUUGGAGCCGCCGCCCGAGCUCCAGCAGGACCCCGCCUUCCACUUCCUCCUGCCCUACAGCGCUGCCGCCCCUCACACCGCCGCUCCUCCUCUCCCCUCCACGCCCUCCAUGCCCGCCCUUGCCAUUGCCACCUCCUCCGACCACUCCAUCCACCUGCCGGUGCGCUCCUCCUCUGCCGCUGGCGACUACAGCACCCCCGUCACCACGCCCCGUGCCGCCACCCCCACCCCCGCACCGGAGGCAUCAUCGUUCAGCGCCUGGGACCUGCUCAGGGGGGGCGCGUGGCGGCGCGCUGCGCAGCCGGAGUGA